UGGAGUUCCAUCACUACUAUGGAACACACUAGAAGGUUCAAGUUGCAGCCCAAUGUGAAUACUAAACAGGAUCCUAUUGCAAUUAAACCACUAUCUACAACACCGUCACAAAUUCUCAAAUUAAAAUAAAAAAUAAAAAGAAAUUCACCAAAAAAACCUCGACAAACAAUUUUCUUACUUUCUCUCUCCUCUCUUUCGCCUCCACCAUCUAUCCAUUUCUUCCUACAGUCGACAAAAAUUAAAUUUUAAAUAAAAAGGUUAAUAGAAUUUAUAUUCAUCCCUAAUUUUACCUCUUUUAGAUCUUCAAAAUUCAUUGAAUUCAAUCCAGAUUUUUGCAAGGAACUCUGAUUUUUACCUCCGAUUCAUCGGUAAACGCAUCGAUUUGCCGGAAAAUUGCAAUUGAUUUUGAGGAAUUAGCGGAAUUGAAAUUCUAGGGUUUGAAGAAGAGGAGAUUGAGAGAGUUGAUUGAAAAAAUUGAUAUGAGAUUUGAUGGAUGAAGAACGAUGCCGGAGCUGCGUAGUGGAGCGCGCAGAGGCCGAGCAUCGAGAAAUCCUACAGCAAACAACAAUCAGGAGGAGAUCGACGGCCAGAAAGUGACCGGAGGUAGGACACGUGGACGGCGUGGAGGAGGUGUAGCAGCAACUAGGGGAAACAAAGGAGGAUAUCGAGGUAGAGGUCGGAGGAAUAACCGGCAACCGGUGGCGGCGGUUGGUGGCGGUGUUGACGGUGAAGGUGAUGAGAAGGUUCUAGAAGAAGCUAAGGAAUCUAGCCGUAAAACGACGUCGUUGAAGGCUAGCGCAGCUGCUGAAGAAAGAGGUGGUGUAGGAUUAGGUUUAGGCGGCGGUGGUGCGGGAGAAGAGGUUGGAGAGAAAGAGAUGGAUGAGUUUGAUAGUGGCGGUAAUGCCGUCGGUCGAAGCGGCGAUAAAGGUUUGAAUGAUGAUGAUUCUUCUGCUCCUCUACCUGAGAAGGUCCAGGUUGGGGGUUCUCCAGUCUACAGGGUCGAUAGAAAGCUAGGGAAAGGUGGUUUUGGCCAAGUUUAUGUUGGUAGGCGCGCUGGUGGUAACACUAGUGAAAGGAAUGGUGCUGGAGCUUAUGAGGUAGCUCUGAAGUUUGAGCAUAGGACUAGCAAAGGUUGUAGUUAUGGGCCUCCAUAUGAGUGGCAGGUUUACAAUGCUCUUGGUGGUAGUCAUGGAGUGCCACGAGUGCAUUACAAGGGUCGGCAAGGUGACUAUUAUGUCAUGGUCAUGGAUAUGCUAGGGCCAAGUCUUUGGGAUGUUUGGAAUAGCAAUUCUCAUUCAAUGUCAAUUGAAAUGGUUGCAUGCAUUGCAAUUGAAGCAAUUUCUAUUUUGGAGAAAAUGCACUCCAGGGGUUAUGUGCAUGGAGAUGUAAAGCCUGAGAAUUUUCUGCUUGGUCCCCCUGGAACUCAUGAAGAAAAGAAAUUGUUUCUUGUUGAUCUUGGAUUAGCAACUAAAUGGAGAGAUAAUUCAACCGGGUUGCAUGUUGAAUAUGAUCAGCGGCCUGAUGUUUUCAGGGGUACUGUUCGAUAUGCUAGUGUUCACGCUCAUUUGGGAAGAACUGGAAGCCGGAGGGAUGACUUAGAAUCACUUGCAUACACACUCAUUUUUCUUCUGCGUGGCCGGCUUCCUUGGCAGGGAUAUCAGGGGGAGAACAAGGGAUUUCUUGUAUGCAAGAAGAAGAUGGCAACAUCUCCGGAAACAUUGUGCUGUUUCUGCCCCCUUCCUUUCCGCCAUUUUGUUGAGUAUGUGGUAAACUUGAAGUUUGAUGAAGAGCCUAACUAUGCGAAGUAUGUUUCUCUUUUUGAUGGGAUUGUUGGGCCAAAUCCUGACAUUAGGCCCAUUAAUACCGAUGGUGCUCAGAAGUUGAUAUUCCAAGUGGGGCAUAAGAGAGGACGUUUGACGAUGGAGGAUGAUGAUGAUGAGCAGCCAAAGAAGAAGAUUCGAAUGGGAAUGCCUGCCACUCAAUGGAUUAGUGUUUACAAUGCUCGCAGGCCAAUGAAGCAAAGGUAUCACUACAAUGUUGCAGAUAACAGGCUUUCUCAGCAUAUUGAGAAAGGAAAUGAAGAUGGCUUAUUUAUUAGUAGUGUUGCAUCUUGCUCAAGUCUUUGGGCCUUGAUAAUGGAUGCUGGCACUGGUUUUAGUUCUCAAGUUUAUGAACUUUCUCCACAUUUCCUCCACAAGGAAUGGAUUAUGGAGCAGUGGGAGAAGAACUAUUACAUUAGUGCAAUAGCAGGGGCUCAAAAUGGUAGUUCCUUGGUAGUAAUGUCUAAAGGUACUCAGUACUUACAGCAGUCUUAUAAAGUUAGUGAUGCAUUCCCUUUCAAGUGGAUUAACAAAAAGUGGCGAGAGGGUUUCUCUGUCACUUCCAUGGCUACUGCUGGUAGUAGAUGGGCAGUCGUGAUGUCCCGCGGUGCAGGGUACGCUGAUCAGGUGGUUGAGCUGGAUUUUCUGUAUCCUAGUGAGGGUAUUCACCGAAGAUGGGAUGCUGGUUAUCGUAUCACUUCUACAGCAGCAACUUUUGACCAGGCUGCUCUAGUUCUUAGUAUUCCAAGGAGGAAGCCGACAGAUGAAACCCAAGAAACUCUUCGGACUUCAGCAUUUCCUAGUACUCAUGUCAAGGAGAAAUGGGCGAAAAAUUUGUACAUUGCUUCAAUCUGUUAUGGAAGAACCGUCUCCUAAGCUGCUAACCAUUUGUCAAAUACAUAACCUAGUAGGUGUUAUUUGAAGGAUGCCAUGCACUUGCUCUUACCAGUGGCCUUCAGCAUUAAUGGCACAUUUUGAAGUUGCUGUGGCAGUUGUCUCUGUGCCUGUGAAACUGAGUCCUCAAAUUUUCAUGGAGUCUGCUGCUGAUACCUGUGCACUUGAUGUGCUGCAAUUUAUUGUUGGGUUGAUGUCUAUGAAAUUUCAUAUGCAGUGGGAUGGAGGCAUUCUGAAGAGUUUGUAUAGUCUGUGAUCUUUAGUACUGAGUUGGUGUGUGCACAGGUCAUCUUUCGGUUGUUGAAACUUUUUGGGCAAUGUGCAAUUAAAGAUUAUUCAAGGGCAUGUACCCUUUUAUCUCUUUUGAUUCAUUGGCAGUGUCUUGGACUUGAGAUUCUGUUCUGUUAUGUUCUGAUGUAGUUUGCAAGAAGAUUGACUAUUGAUUGUGUUAUGAACUAGAUGUGUAGAAAACUUUUGCCUCUCU